UCCAGAUGCUCACAUCUGGCGCUGGUCUAGCCUAAGUGGAACGUCUGCACAGCCGGCCUCAGAGGAUGCAGAGAGGAGGGGUCAACAUGCUCCGCGCAAGGCCAGAGGUACUGGUGCUCCUGGGAGUUCUGCUGACUCUACUCCUGGAUCCAACGGGUGGCCAGGACUCACUCUCACUGACCUGGGAAGUGCAGCGCUAUGACGGCUGGUUCAACAACCUGAGGCACCACGAGCGUGGCGCUGCGGGCUCCCGACUGCAGCGCCUUGUACCAGCCAACUACGCGGAUGGCGUGUAUCAGGCUCUCGGGGAGCCGCUGCUGCCCAACCCGCGCCGACUCAGCAACGCCACCACGCAGGGAAGAGCCGGGAGGCCGUCCGGCCGCAAUCGCACGGUCCUGGGGGUCUUCUUCGGCUACCACGUGCUGUCGGACCUGGUGAGCGUGGAAAAGUCUGGCUGCCCAGCCGAGUUUCUCAACAUCCACAUCCCGCCCGGAGAUCCCGUGUUCGACCGCGACCGGAGCGGGGACGUGGUCCUGCCCUUCCAGAGGAGUCGCUGGGACCCCGAGACCGGACAGAGCCCCAGCAACCCCCGGGACCUGACCAACGAGGUGACCGGCUGGCUGGACGGCAGCGCCAUCUAUGGAUCCUCGCACUCCUGGAGCGACGAGCUGCGGAGCUUCUCCGGGGGGCAGCUGGCGUCGGGGCCCGACCCCGCCUUCCCGCGGGCCGCGCAGGCCCCGCUGCUCAUGUGGACACCGCCGGAUCCCACCACGGGCCGCCGCGGGCCGCGGGGGCUGUACGCCUUCGGGGCCGAGCGAGGGAACCGCGAGCCCUUCCUGCAGGCGCUGGGUCUGCUCUGGUUCCGUUAUCACAACCUGUGGGCGCAGAGGCUGGCCCGCCGGCAUCCGCUCUGGGGGGACGAGGAGCUGUUUCAGCACGCGCGCAAGAGGGUCAUCGCCACCUACCAGAACAUCGCCAUGUAUGAGUGGCUGCCCAGCUUCCUGCAGCAAACACCUCCAAAUUACACAGAGUAUCGCCCUUUCCUGGACCCCAGCAUCUCCCCAGAGUUUCUGGCUGCCUCUGAGCAGUUCUUCUCCACCAUGGUGCCCCCUGGCGUCUAUAUGAGAAAUGCCAGCUGUCAUUUCCAGAUGGUCCUGAACGAGGGUUUUGGCAGCUCCCCAGCUCUCAGAGUCUGCAACAGCUACUGGAUUCGGGAGAAUCCCAAUCUGAACAGCGCUCAGGCAGUGAAUCAGCUGCUGCUAGGAAUGGCCUCUCAGAUCUCAGAGCUGGAGGACAGUACUGUGGUGGAAGAUCUGAGGGAUUACUGGCCUGGCCCUGGCAAGUUCUCUCGCACUGACUACGUGGCCAGCAGCAUCCAACGUGGCCGAGAUAUGGGGCUGCCCAGCUAUAGCCAAGCUCUGCAGGCCUUGGGGCUGACGACCCCGAGGAACUGGAGUGACCUCAACCCCAAGGUGGACCCUCAGGUGCUGGAGGCCACGGCAACCCUGUACAACCAGGACCUGUCCCGGCUGGAGUUACUCCCCGGGGGGCUCCUGGAGAGCCACGGGGACCCUGGACCCCUCUUCAGCACCAUCGUCCUUGAUCAGUUUGUGCGACUGCGCGAUGGUGACCGAUACUGGUUUGAGAACAGCAGGAAUGGGCUCUUCUCUCCAGAGGAAAUUGCAGAAAUUAGAAGCACCACUCUUCGGGACGUGCUGGUGGCUGUUACCAAUGUGGACCCUGACACCCUGCAGCCCAAUGUCUUUAUUUGGCAGAAUGGUGCACCCUGCCCUCAGCCCCGACAGCUCACAAUCAAAGACCUGCCCCCCUGUGUGCCCCUGACCGAGAUUCAUUACUUCGAGGGCAGUGGCCCUGGUUUUGGCAUCACCAUCGUGGCUUUGUGCUGUCUUCCACUUGUGAGCCUGCUUAUCUCCGGGGUGGUGGCCUAUUUCCGGGGCCGAGAGCGCAAGAAGCUCCAAAGGAAACGCAAAGAGAGUGUGAAGAAGGAACCAGCCAGUGAUGGAGUGUCAGCAAUGGAGUGGCCGGGCCCCCGGGAGAGGAGCUAUCCAGUCACCAUCCAGCUGCUCCCAGACCAGCGGCUGCAGGUUGUGGACCGGCGGCUCUCUGUGCUCCGCACCAUCCAGCUGCAGCCCCCACAAAAGGUCAACCUCAUCCUGUCCAGCAACCGUGGAUGCCGCGCCCUGCUGCUUAAGAUCCCCAAGGAGUAUGAUCUGGUGCUGCUGUUUAACUCCCAGGAGGAGCGGGGCGCCUUCGUGCAGCAUCUGCGGGGCUUCUGUGAGAAUUGGGCUCUGGGCCUGGACGUGGCUGAGAUGAAAGAGUAUGAGCUGUUCAGGAAAGCUGUGACCAAAGAGCAGCGGGAACGCAUCCUGGAGGUUUUCUUCAGACACCUUUUUGCCCAGGUGCUAGACAUCAACCAGGUGGAUGCAGGGACCCUGCUCCUGGACUCAUCGCAAAAGGUGCGGGAGGCCCUGACGUGUGAGCUGAGCCGGGCUGAGUUUGCCGAGUCCCUGGGCCUCAAGCCCCAGGACAUGUUUGUGGAGUCCAUGUUUUCUCUGGCUGACAAGGAUGGCAAUGGGUACCUGUCCUUCCGGGAGUUCCUGGACGUCCUGGUGGUCUUCAUGAAAGGCUCCCCGGAGGACAAGUCCCGUCUGAUGUUCACCAUGUAUGACCUUGAUGGCAAUGGCUUCCUCUCCAAGGACGAAUUCUUCACCAUGAUGCGGUCCUUCAUUGAGAUCUCCAACAACUGCCUGACCAAGGCCCAGCUGGCUGAGGUGGUGGAGUCCAUGUUCCAGGAGUCAGGCUUCCAGGACAAGCAGGAGCUGACGUGGGAGGACUUCCACUUCAUGCUGCGGGACCAUGACAGCGAGCUCCGCCGAACACAGCUCUGUGUCAGAGGUGUUGGAGACAUUUUUAAACCAAACAUCAGCUCUCGAGUGUCAUUCAUCACUCGGACUUCUGGGGAACGUUCUUGCCCUCAGGGAGUGGGGUUCCCUGCCUCUAAAGCUCCGGAGUUGGGAGGCCCUGAGCUGAAGAAGAGGUUUGGCAAAAAGGCAGGGGUGCCCCCUCCCCGGCUGUACACGGAGGCGCUGCAGGAGAAGAUGCAGCGGGGCUUCCUGGCUCAGAAGCUGCAGCAGUACAAGCGCUUCGUGGAGAACUACCGGCGGCACAUCGUGUGCGUGGCUGUCUUCUCGGCCAUCUGUGCCGGACUGUUUGUGGAGCGUGCUUACUACUACGCCUUUGCCUCGCCACCCUCGGGCAUUGCACAGACCACCUUUGUGGGAAUCAUCCUGUCGCGGGGCACGGCGGCCAGUGUCUCCUUCAUGUUCUCCUACAUCCUGCUCACCAUGUGCCGCAACCUCAUCACCUUCCUGCGAGAGACCUUCCUCAACCACUACGUGCCCUUCGACGCCGCCGUGGACUUCCAUCGCUGGAUCGCCAUGGCCGCCGUGGUCCUGGCCAUUUUGCACAGCGCUGGCCACGUGGUGAAUGUCUACAUCUUCUCAGUCAGCCCCCUCAGUCUGCUGGCCUGCAUCUUUCCCAGCGUCUUUGUGAAUGAUGGGUCCAAGCUUCCCCAGAAGUUCUACUGGUGGUUCUUCCAGACAGUCCCAGGUAUGACAGGGGUGCUCCUGCUCCUGGUUCUUGCCAUCAUGUACGUCUUUGCUUCCCACCACUUCCGACGCCGCAGCUUCCGGGGCUUCUGGUUGACCCACCACCUCUACAUCCUGCUCUACGUGCUGCUCAUCAUCCACGGCAGCUUUGCCCUGAUCCAGCUGCCCCGUUUCCACAUCUACUUCCUGGUCCCAGCACUUAUCUACAUGGGGGACAAGCUGGUGAGCCUGAGCCGGAAGAAGGUGGAGAUCGGCGUGGUGAAGGCGCAGCUGCUGCCUUCAGGAGUGACCCACCUGGAGUUCCAGCGGCCCCAAGGCUUCGAGUACAAGUCAGGACAGUGGGUGCGGAUCGCCUGCCUGGCUCUGGGGACCAACGAGUACCACCCUUUCACGCUGACGUCAGCGCCCCACGAGGAGACGCUUAGCCUGCACAUCCGGGCAGUAGGGCCCUGGACCACCCGCCUCAGGGAGAUCUACUCACUUCCAACGGGUGACAGCAGUGCCAAAUACCCAAAGCUGUACCUCGAUGGGCCAUUUGGAGAGGGCCAUCAGGAGUGGCAUAAGUUUGAGGUGUCAGUGCUAGUGGGAGGGGGCAUUGGGGUCACCCCCUUUGCCUCCAUCCUCAAAGACCUGGUCUUCAAGUCAUCCUUGGGGAGCCAAAUGCUCUGUAAAAAGAUCUACUUCAUCUGGGUGACGCGGACCCAGCGGCAGUUUGAAUGGCUGGCUGACAUUAUCCGGGAGGUGGAGGAGAAUGACUGCCAGGACCUGGUGUCCGUGCACAUCUACAUCACCCAGCUGGCUGAGAAGUUCGACCUCAGGACCACCAUGCUGUACAUCUGUGAGCGGCACUUCCAGAAGGUGCUGAACCGGAGUUUGUUCACGGGCUUGCGCUCCAUCACCCACUUUGGCCGCCCCCCCUUUGAACGCUUCUUCAGUUCUCUGCAGGAGGUCCACCCAAAGGUGCGGAAGAUUGGGGUAUUCAGCUGCGGCCCUCCAGGAAUGACCAAGAAUGUAGAGAAGGCCUGUCAGCUCAUCAACCAGCAGGACCAGGCCCACUUCGUGCACCACUAUGAGAACUUCUGAGCCCACCUUCCCUGGUUCCUGGUCCUUCCAUGGACCAGACCUGCCAACAGUUUCUGUCAGAAUUCACCUCAAGCCUCAGCCAGAGAGCUGGAAGGGCCUCUCCCUCAUUGUCCCAUCUGUCCCAGGCUCUGAGAAGUUAGUAGAGACACUUGCAGCUCACACCACAGCAGGCUGUGGCAGAUAAAGUGGGGAGGGGAUAGUCUCUGCCUCGUGAUAACUGAGGUGAAGAGACAACCGUGUUUUUCUCUGCUAGAUCCCCAUGUCCUUUUCCCUUCCACAAAAUCAGUGUAAACUGUUGGUGUUUUCUUGGCCUGGGCAUUUGAGGGAGGAUGGGGUGGGGGUACCUGGUCUGAAGAGAGGGCUCAAGGGAAAAUCUCCUCAGGGCCCAGCUUAGAAGCUGCAGUGUUAAACCUGGCAGCCCAGCUGUCUCAGUUCAGUCUCUGAGGGCUUUUCCCUCCAGCUCUACCCCAAAGCCCUUCCUGCUCCUAGAGGAUCAGGAACGCUGAGGAACCACCAGUGAUGCCCGUUGCCCUCACCUCUUGGCAGACCCAUCUCUUCCUGCUGGAGCAGCCCCUCAGCCCUGGUAUCACGGGAGCCCAGCCUCUCUGCCCAUCAUCCAGAGUCCCCUCUUGGCUCCCCACCUUCACAGGAGUUGGAUGACCAGCUGUCCCAGUUUGUCCAGGACUCUCCCAGUCUUAGCACUGAAAGUCUCCUAGGAAACCCCUCAGUUCCAGGCAAAUCAGGACAGUCGGUCACCUUCCACAGGAGCCAACCUGGGACAUCCCCUCCAUACUCUUUAAGACCCUUCCUUUUCCUUCUUCAAGUGGCUCCUUCCUCAAAAGCUAAGCUUUAAUUAAAAAAAAAUUUUUUUUAGUAUAAUUUACAUAUAGUAAAGUGCACAAAUCUUAAAGCUACCAUGUACAACACGUGUUACUACUACCAUCCAGAUGAAGAUCUAGGACAUUUGCAUCACCCCAGAAACUUCCCUUGUACCCCUGUCAGUCCACCAUCCCCAACCCUUAGUAGCAACCACUGAUGUGAAUUAUUUUAUCACCCCAGAUUCGUUUGUUCAUAUUGAAUGUAUUCUUUUGAAACUGGCUUCUUUCACUCAACACAAUGUCUCUGUGAUUCACCCAUGUUAUUGUGUAUAUCAGUAGUUUGUUCUUUUUUCAUGCUGUGUCAAGCUCCAUUAUAGAGAUGUACCACAGUUUGUUUAUGGAGUCUUUUGUCGAUAGACAUUUAGAUUGUUUCUACUUUCUGAUA